AUGGCGAUGACUUUGAAGAUUCCCUUGAGUGAUCUAGAAGGUGAACAUUGGAAUGUACGUUCAAGCCAGCGAACGGACAUUCUGAAGCAGUUGAAGACGGUUUUAAAUGAUGUGACGGGUAGCGUGACAGUACCACCGUGCUUCUGGGCUUUGUGCCAAACCGCGGAUGUUUCCCAAUUGGAGAGCAUGAUUCGCGAUGUGAGUGAGAUGCCUAAAGCCGCGGUCACUCGUGGGUUUUUGGAGGCAACCAUCUAUGACUCCGAUUUGGUUGUCGACAGAUGGUUACAAAACGCAAGUGCAAAGAGCAGCGCGUCAUCGAUACAUCGAUCAUCUUCAGCGAUGGACCAGUGCGAAGCUAGGGAUAAUUAUAGGUGCAUUCUCACAGGAUGGACGUAUCCAGAAGUGGCCCAUAUCUACCCACUCUGCCUUCUUAGAACGGCACAGCGAGAACCAAGAGUUUCUCAGAGAUUUUGGGAUCUCCUGAAGAUAUUCUGGGAGAAGGAACGGGUGGAUAGAUGGAAGGCAGAAGUCUUUCGGGAUUCGCCAAACCUGACUGAUCCCGUCGACACUUGCUCGAAUAUGCUUAGUCUCGAUAAACGUGCCCAUGCGCUUUGGGGGGCGGGUAGGUUCGCGCUGCGACCUGUGGCUUUGUCUGCUGAUCGAAAGGCGAUGCAAAUCGAAUUCUACUGGCAAAAAAAACCCGCGCACGGAAAAGAUGAAAUCGACUUACUUAGUGAACCGGAGACAUCUCGGGGCCUCUAUGAUUACGACGAUGGUGAGGGUCUGUCUUGUGUAACAGGCAAGAGGGAGAAGAACGGCCAGCCUAAGUACGAGGCUCUCGUAUCUGGGCAGAGAGUUACCGUUAGCACGGAUGAUCCGGAUAAACGACCGCUCCCGAGCUGGGAUCUCCUAGAAAUGCAAUGGGUAUUACAGAGAGUCGCUGGGAUGAGCGGGGCCGCCGAACCCUCGGAUCAUAAACGUGAAGACAGUGGUGAUACUGACGAAACUGUCGUGGACCGUGAGGCGCCCAUCCAACGUGUUAGAGGAGUGUUCAAGUGGUUGGACUCCAUGCCCGAAGAGAAGAAGUUUGCAACGGAUUUGACCCCAAAACUUGCAUUGCAAUAG